GACACACGCACACACACACACACACACACGCACAGUGACUACAUGAACAUGCACAUCAGGAUUGUAAAGUUAUGUUUUUACAGUCACUUCUUAGUCCUUUCUUCUGUCUCUAAAUCCCCAAAUACCCAUCUCAAUUCAAGCCAAAGUAAACAAACUAUAUUUGCAGCUGGACAGUCACAGUCAUAUAUAUACAUAUAUAUAUAUAUGUAUGAAUCCUGACCAGAAACAAACACAGAGACGUUUCAAAGUGCUUUAAAUUAGAGUGACAUGAAAUAAGUUACGACAGAAUAAAUGAGAAUCAUUUACUACUUGUACUUAAAGUACAGGAAAUGACACACCUACAUACGCAUAUAAACAAAAACUAUAAUAAACCAAGGAUACAGUACUAAUACUAGCUAUACUAACUAUACUAUUUCCUCUCUGUCUCAUAAGCAUACAAUGCUUUUAUAAACCCUGUUACUUUAUUGUUUAACACUAAAAUUAAACAGAUAAGUUGCAAUCUUGAUUGUGUCAUGAUUAUCGUCUGUAAAAAUAUCAGUGUAACUGUUGAUAUCUGUGUGGUGAAAUCAUGAGUUGUCACAUGACAAGAGGACGAUCAGCUUUAAAAUACACAUUUGCAUGAAACAUGUCUUUCUAAUCUUCACCACAGCCGUGUUUAUGUUGCUGCUAACAACCACAUGUCCGUGUCAGGGCCUUGAAUGAGCUAAUCUAGUGGUCAGCAGCGUGGUGACGAGCUCCCCGGCUGAGAGAUGGCCUUCUUCAAGAGCUUCCAACAGAACCUCCCGUCUGUUGACAUUUCCUCCAUCUUGGACUCGGUCACCAGUCGCGUGGACGACUUGGCCAACGCCGUCAGCGACGCCACGUACGCCGUCAGCGACCAGCUCACCGAGCAGGUCACCACCAUCAUCAACAAGGUGGAUGACGGGGAGAACGGCAGCGGGCAGGGGGCUGCUCAGACAUCACCGGAGGGAAAGAGCGGCAACACCAACAACCAAGCGAGUGAUUCAGCAGAGACCGAGUCUGCCGGAGCCGGCCAGCUGGAGUGGGAAUGGAGGGACGGGUGCUGGCGAGUUAAAAAGACUGAGGCUGAGUUAGCAGAAGAGGAGAAGAAGAAGGAGGAGGAGAGGGAGCUACAGGAGAAGAGAGAGCAGAGGAGACAAGAACGGAGGAAGAAGCAGCUGGAGAAAGAGGCCAUGUCUCAGAGAAUGAGAGAGGAAGCUCAACAGGGAGAGGAAGACGCUGAGGAGAAACCGGAGCAGAGCGAAGACCAAACGACUGAUCAGCAAAGAAGUGAUGACUGUGAUAAACCUCCUCCUCCUUCACCGGGUCCUGAGCAUGAAAGCAGCUCAUCAAAACAGAAUAAAACUAAAGACGAGGGAGGAGAGGAGGAAGAGCUGGAGAACAGUGGUGCAAGAGAGGGGGACGAUGAGGAGGAGGCGGAGGAGGUGGAGCUUCCCGUACCUUCAUCGACGGCAAAAAAGAAAAAGUCAAGCAAGAAGAAGGGAAAGGACACGAAAGAGAGUACAAAAAAGUCAGGGAAAGAUGUGGAGAAAAAGAAGGAGAAAAGCAAGAAGAGCAAGAAGAAGAAGAAGAAAGGCAGCCAAGACGGGGUUUUAUCAGACAGCGAAGAGGACCGAGGCCAUGAUGCGGCGGCACAGAAGAGCUCUGUGUGGAGCAGCGAGCGCAAACAGUCCACCGAGCACGGAGGAUACAGCAGCGAGGCCUCCAGUGAGCGGGUAAACAGCAUCCAGAGGAUCAAGAAAGAUCCCUCUCUCAAUGAGCUCCAGCCUCCGCCGUACCAGGACAAGUGCACGGCCGCCGCUGCCGCCGCCACCACCGCGUCCUCUCGGUCCCGCUCAGUUCAGAGGGGUUCGCCCCCGCAGCGCUGCGACAGCUCGCACUGCUCCAGUGAGGCCAGCGUGGAGCAGGACUCGGAGAGCUACCUCAACAAAGGCUGCGAGGAGGACAUACCCAGUGACAGCACUGCCGUUCUUGGACCAGAGGAUGGAUCGGGCCAUCAGCUGCCCACUGCCUACGAGCCAGAGCCUCUGGCCAAAUACGGAACACUGGACGUCGCCUUCGAGUACGACUCGGGCGAGCAGUAUUUGGCCGUCACGGUCACCGCGGCGACAGACAUCCCCGCCCUCAAACAGACGGGGAACAUCUCGUGGCAGGUGCACCUGGUCCUGCUGCCGACCAAGAAGCAGCGGGCCAAGACCGGCGUCCAGAAGGGGCCGUGUCCCGUCUUCACGGAGACGUUCAAGUUCUCCAGGGUGGAGCAGGAGGCUCUGGGCGACUACGCCGUCCGCUUCCGCCUGUACAGCGUCAGGCGGAUGAAGAAGGAGAAGGUGCUCGGCGAGAAGGUUUUCUACCUGACGAAGCUCAACCUGCAGGGGAAGAUGGCUCUCCCCGUCACCCUGGAGCCCAGCUCUGAACUCACUGGUUGUGGCUCUGUGGUGAGUGUGUCUCGCAGCGCGGGGGCUCUGUCCUACCGCUCCACAGAGGACUCCACCCUCCCCGAGAUCCUCCUGGGCCUCAUCUACAACUCCACCACGGGACGGCUCUCCGCCGAGGUCAUCCAGGGCAGCCACUUCAAAACCACGGCGUCCGACAAACCCGUCAAUGGUCUGUUUUGUUGUGUUAAACACUUUGUCGGUGGACAGCUUUAUAUCAUGAGAGACACCUACGUGAAGCUGACCAUGCUGGACUCCAAGGGGAAGGAGAUGUCCAAGUGCAAGACGGGCAUGUGCCGCGGGCAGCCCAACCCCACGUAUAAGGAGACGUUCAUGUUCCAGGUGGCGCUCUUCCAGCUGUCCGAGGUGUCGCUGGUGGUGUCCGUGUUCUGCCGCCGGAGCAGCAUGAGGCCCAGGGAGAGGCUGGGCUGGGUGUCACUGGGCCUCAACAGCACCGGCGAGGAGCAGCAGGCCCACUGGACAGAGAUGAAAGACGCGGACGGUCAGCAGGUCUGUCACUGGCACACGCUCAGCGACACAUAGGGCGAAA